GUUAUGAAGACGCGAUUGGCCCUCGGCAAGACAGGCCAGUACUCAGGUGUGGCACACUGUGCCAGGCAGAUCCUACGGAAGGAAGGAAUCCCUGCCUUUUACAAGGGCUACCUACCAAAUAUUUUGGGCAUUAUCCCCUAUGCUGGUAUCGAUCUGGCUGUUUAUGAGACACUGAAGAACACCUGGUUACAGAAGUACAGCAAGAACACCGCUGACCCAGGAGUUUUGGUCCUCUUGGCCUGUGGCACCGUCUCCAGUACUUGUGGCCAAAUUGCCAGCUAUCCCCUAGCCCUGGUGCGCACCCGGAUGCAGGCACAAGCAUCCAUCGAAGGUGCACCACAGCUAACCAUGCUGGGUCUCUUUAGGAACAUCCUUUCCCGGGAAGGGGUCCUGGGUCUCUACCGUGGCAUCGCCCCCAAUUUCAUGAAGGUUAUUCCUGCCGUGAGCAUCAGCUACGUCGUCUAUGAGAACAUGAAGCAGGCUCUGGGAGUAACAUCUAGAUGAAGGAGGACCCUGUGUCACCAAAGUGCAGGGCACCUAGCUCACAAGAAGGGUGUUGGAAGGGCAGCAAAGGUGGGAGUAUCCUACGGUAAUUGCUGUGAGAGCUAAGAGGGUGUUUGAAAUGAUUGGGUCUGGGCCACCUUGGUCAAAAGUACAAACUUCUCCAUGAACAAGAGCCAACUUGCUCACUAACAACCAAGUUUAUCCUGCGAAGGCCUUGGUUGUGGGGGUGGGGGGGAAAGUGACCUCUUGGAGGCAAUUUUUUUUUGUCUUGCCCACAUUCUGGAAUUUGCAGAGAUGGUGUCAAACAGACGUGUUCCUGAGCCACCUCCUGCUCCUGCAUACGCAUCUUGUCCCCGACAACUGAACACGAGAACCGUGACAUGUUAACAGCCACGUCACAAUUUAGCGGAAAAUGAGCCAUGAUUGGCAGAUGUCAAUGGGUUGACUUUUGAUAAAUAGCCCUAACAACUCCUGUUAGCAGUUUUCAAUACGGGAGGAAAUACAUUCAGAGACAAUUCAUUUUGACGGCACUAGGAUAUCUGUGAUUAUUCCCUGGAGUCCACCGAUUUUCUUCUGCAGAUGUUCAGAAACGGGAAUGUCUGAAUUUCCGAGGACUUUGGCCAAUAGAUUCUCCACUCUUUGUUUAGCAUUUCUACUUGCAAUGAUGAAUUCCUUUCGACUCUCCCCGCUUCCAUUCCUCCUAGAACCUUAUAGGGGUGCUGGAGCCCCUGGUAUUUGCAUUUUAGCCCAGACCCACUUUACUUGUCUCUGUACCUAUGGAAACUGUCUGUAUAUUUUGCACAUUUGACUGUUUUUAACUUAUAAGGCUAGGUUGCAGCCUCUACGUGGACCCCUGUGGCGGAACUGAAGCCUCUCCCAUUUUAUUCCCAUUCCCUUCUAUUCUGAGGGAGCAGAGAAUGUUGGAAUACAUUACAAGGGCUACUAUUUUCUGGUAACCAUCGAAGCACUUUGCUGAGACCCCCUAAUAUGGUGUGUACAUAUUUCUACUCGUUUUGAGAUAUUUGCAGUAGCUAUAGCAGCAACUGUUGCCACGAUUAAGGUCCUUGAAGCCAUGCAUUCAGGAUUUCUUUUGGGCUCUGCGUUGCAUUGCUCUCCUCUUUUAUUUAUGACCAGCUGAAUUACGUUGCAGUUGGGCAUUCGGUUUUUUCCCCCUUUAUGUUGGAAAAGGCAGGAUGGGGGGCUAUAGAUCUUUUCAGUCCACAGAUUCUCUUCUCACAAAUUUCCCCUUUACCAGUGUCUCAAUAAAUGCUCCACUUCAUCUUCCCAUUCAAGAUGGGUAACCUGGUACCCAUCUGGAAGAAUCCUACUGGAGAAGGCUGUGGAGUCCUGCAUUCUGUCACACCCAGUGGUGGGAUUCAAAUAAUUUACCAACCGGUUCUCUGCCCUAAUGACCAGCUGGGUAGGCGGGGCUCGG